AUGGAACAAGUUUUGAGCACUGUUCAUUGUUUAUCGAGUGAGAUCCAAAAUUCUAAAAUUUUACUACCCACAGCUAUUAAUUUAGUCAAUUCUUUAAAAGAUGAACUCAUAAAGUAUCGAUCAGAAGAACAAUUUCAAAUUAUUUAUGAAAAAGCUAAAAUAUGUGCACUUAAAAAUAAUAUACCUAUAGAAAGGGACGAUGAAAGAAAUAACCGAUUACGGCAAAAAUACAAACCUUCAAAACAAUUUGAAGAUUAUUUUGUUAUGAGUACUUUGGGACAAUCAAAAAUUACACAGUCAAAGAAUAGUACUAAAAAAAUAAAAACUGAUGUGUUAUAUGAUGUGAUUGACAGGUAA